AUGAGAGUUGCCGAACUAAUGAACGAUUACCGCACGCUGCAGCUUCACAUCUCCCAGCAGACGUCCGGCCUGUCAAUGGGAGACAGCCAGCAAGAGGGCUAUCGCGUGCUGGCUCAGAGCGUUGCUGCGGCUCAGCAAUUGCUGGCCGCUGGCUUUUCGACCACUCCUGUCCAAGAGCAUGGGAACAGCGCUGAAGGCCAAAAAGCCCAGCUCCGCCAAGUCAUCCUUGAUGCAAGCGUCCGUCGAUUCCAAGCUCACAAGAUCUACCUUCGUGUUGCAUCUGCGAAGCGAUGGCUUGUCAACCACAAUGCACUAUUACGCUCCCCCAAAACAGGUGCGCGCGCCGUGCGCCUCCGAGAAGUAGACCAAGUGCUGCACAAUGAAUUGGGCAAUAUCACUGAUCAGUCUAUAUAUUCCGAUCUACGAGAAGCUGAUGCGAGAGCCGGCUUAUGGGUAGACGAAGACCCUCCGCUGGCGGCCAUUAUGCUCUGGAUCAACUCACAUCGCUGA